AUGAUGCUACCUGAAGCAGUGCAGCCCAUAGAGGAAGCCGCACUGCAACUGGAGACUCCAGUGGUCGAGCUCGUUGGGCAGGAAUCGGAAGCGGAAGCUGUAAACAUCUCUCCAGAGGAGGUUUUCCUGUGUGCAGCAAACAGCUACAAGAAGGAGGGCAACGAUUGCUUCGACAAGCGCAGAUUCGUGGAGGCCAUUAGCUUCUACAGCCUUGCCAUCGAAAAGUGCCCCAUGCAAUACACCAAGGAGCUGGCCAUCUUUCAUCAGAACCGUGCCGCCUGUCACGAGAUGCUGAAGAACUGGCAGCAAGUGCAGGAAGAGUCCACCUUGGCGCUGAAGUACAAUCAUCGCUACGCCAAGGCCUACUCCCGUAGGGCACGUGCUUACGAGGCCACCAGUCAGCUCGCCGAGUGCCUGAUCGAUAUAACGACUUUGUGUCUGCUGGAGAAGUGCAAGAACAAGAAGACCCUCAAGCUAAGGAACAGCGUAAACCAGAAGGUGGCCUUCGCCAAAGCCAAAGAGAGAAUGGAUAAUCUAGGCACAGCUCUGCCCCCGAAGCGACGCAUUAAACGGUAUUUUGAAUUAUUCAUCGCGGAUCCCCUGCAGACGAUGACGCUGCCAGCCUCAGCAGCUAUGGGAGACGCACCUUCUCUGCGCGGAUUCCUGCGUGCCCACCGCGCUUUCGUAGAGGAGCGAUUUGAGGACGUCAUUCCAGCCUGCACCGAGGAGAUUGAAGUGGCUUUGGAGGGCGCAGACUCGCAGUACAAGUUGCAGGCCCUGUUCAUGCGCGGCACACUCCUUCUGCUGUGCGGCUCUUUCCGUGAGAGCAGACGAGACUUUGUGGCAGUGCUCGCAGAUCCCGGAGCAGAUGACAAUUUGUGCAUCUAUGCGCAGCUCAGGUGUGCCGUCAUCUUCUUUUACACGGAGCAGGAGGAGAAGGCUUUGGGUGUACUGGAGGAGCUGGAAAUUCUGGAUGCUGGCAAUCCCGACAUAUACACCCAACGUGGCCUGCUCCUCAGCAAGAUGGGGCGCUCCGAGGAUGCCUUGCUGGACUUUGAGCGGGCAUCGCGCCUGGCUCCCAACCACGCCACUACGGCGUUCUACAAGCACGAAGCCGACUACCAUGUCGCCGCCAAGGAAGGUGACAAGCAUCGCAUCGAGGAUGCGAUUCAGCGCCUCAAGCAGACCACAGAGAAGUUCCCCGACUGCGAGAAGGGCCUCCUGAUGCUCAGCAAUGCGCACGCCGAACAGCUGAACCUUGCCGAAGCUUCGAUGUGCCUCCAGAGAGGCACGGAGCUGUCGCCCGCGACUCCUGUGCUGCUGCUCUUUCAGGCAAUCCUCGAGCUUGGGCGCAGUAACAAUUUCGAUUCGAUCUUCUCAUUACUGGAGCAAGCACGCAGCAUGGAUCCCACGUGCUAUCGCGUCCACGAGUGCCUGGGCCGCGCGGAGCUGAUCCGCGGGCGCCUCCGACAGGCUGUCAAACACUUCCAUGCCGCGAGCACCCACGGCCGCGGCUUCGACGAGCUCUGUAACUCAUUCAGCCUUUUAGCCGCCACCACCGCCCAACUGGAAGCGCUGCAGAACCUGCGCAUGGACGAGAACGAUGAAGUCAUGCCGUGCAUCAACCAGAACGAGUGUCCGAAAAAAGUGUGCUCAAAGCACUUCCUGAGCGGCAGGGCACUUCCCGAGUGGGGCACUGUGGCAGAGCUAAUAUAA